UACCUUCUUCUCCCGAUUCACACGCCUUGGCCUUCCUCCCCCACAGCGAGCGCCGCCUUUUUUUUUUUUUCCUUUGUUUUUUCUCACCCUCGUCCGUCGCUUGUCGGCUGCGGCCUCGACGCAACCGACUGCGGCUAGCCCGAUCGCUGCCGCAUCCUUCAUCGCCACUAUCCUCCCCCGACGGCGAGCAACCGUCCCGCCGGCGAAUGAACCCUUUUCUAUUUCCUUCAUCACCUGCGAGCAGUAUCUUUUAGGCUUUCGGAGGCCACCAUCUCAGCGCGACUCCUCGUGUUGAUUACCAGCCGCUCAACUCCUCGAGUUGUAGUAAGCUGUUCCAGUCGCCUAUUCGUUCCUCGAUGUCGGCCAGCUAGCGAUCUCUGCUCCACUUCCUUGUUGCGCACAGUAAGAUGGAGCAACUCUCUUCUAUCUAGCGCCUUCAUCAUCGUUGGUAUGCUUCUCCAUCUGUUGCUUAAAGCCUGUAUGGGCAAUGUGUCUUUGGGCAAGAGCCAGGCCGUGAAUGCAGAUAUUGGAUGUAACCUUAAACCAGGCCACGGAAUUCCAGCCAACCAUAAGUUGAACCAUUCCCACCAGUUAUAGGUUAUAAUCAAUGAUGGCGAUACUACGACUUUGGUUCAAUGGGGGCAGAUCGUUUAAAUCAUUUCGAGUUAUAGGCAUGUCGGAUGUUAAUUGCAAAUAUUUUACAUCCUUUUCAAUGAAGAGCCCAGAGAAGAAUGAAGAUGAACCAAUAGAUGGAAAAGGAGAGGAGCCAAAGGAACUUUUGGCACACUAUUCCUUUAAUCAGAAUCAAGCAAUUGUAAAUGAUGAAGACACAUUACAAGAAAGAGAUGAAUCGGGACACCCCAUGGUUAGAGAAACAUGUAGGUUGAUUGGAUUGCGCCAUAUGUGGGAUAGAAAGAGUGAGGCUGAACUCCGACACCUUUUGAGAAGCCUUUCAUCCCAUCAGGUUUGUUCUGUGUUACGUUGGCAGUUAGAUGAACGUGUUGCCAUGAACUUCUUUUACUGGGCUGACCGACAGUGGAGGUACCGACAUGCACCACUGAUCUACCAUACGAUGCUUGACCUGUUGAGCAAGACAAAGUUGUGCCAGUCAGCAAGGCGAGUUCUAAGGUUGAUGAUCCGGCGGAGGAUCAGCCGGACGCCUCAAGAUUUUAGUCGACUAAUGAUCUCAUAUAGUCGAGCAGGAAAGCUCAGAAGUGCAAUGAGAGUCUUAAAUUUGAUGCAGAAAGAUGGUUGUGGACCAGAUCUUUCCGUUUGUAACACUACAAUAAAUGUGCUCAUAAUGGCUGGUCGAUUGGACAAGGCUCUGAGGUUCUUGGACCGAAUGCAACGAGUUGGGAUUACCCCUGAUGUAAUCUCAUACAAUUGCUUGAUUAAAGGAUUUUGUGAUGUUAGAAGGGUUGAAGAUGCUUUAGGAAUGUUGCGGGAGAUGCCUGCCAAGGGUUGCUUGCCAGACAAGAUCAGCUACUACACAGUGAUAAGCUUCUUAUGCAAAGAAAAAAGAGUUGGAGAAGUCAGAGAGCUACUGAAAAGGAUGACUACUGAGUCUAAUCUGUUCCCUGACCAGGUAACUUACAGUAUCUUAAUUCAUGUCCUUUCGAAACAUGGUCAUGCAUAUGAAGCCCUUGAUUUUUUAAGGGAAUCUGAGGAAAAGAGAUUUCGAGUUGAUAAAAUUGGCUAUAGUGCUAUUGUGCAUUCCUAUUGCCUGGAUGGAAAGAUAGAUGAGGCAAAGGACAUUAUGAAUCAGAUGUUAGCAAAGGGCUACCAUCCAGAUGUGGUGACAUAUACUGCACUUGUCAAUGGGUUUUGCCGUAUUGGGAAGAUAGAUGAAGCAAGAGAGGUGCUCAAGCACAUGUAUGAGGCUGGUUGCAAGCCCAACGCUGUCACAUACACUUCCCUGUUAAAUGGAUUAUGUAAAAUUGGAUCCUCAUUAGAGGCGCUGGAAUUGUUGAACAAGAGCGAGGAGGAGUGGUGGACUCCUAAUGUUGUGACAUAUAGUGUUGUUAUUCAUGGACUUAGACGGGAAGGAAAAUUGAAGGUGGCUUGUGAUUUGGUUAUGCAAAUGUUAGGGAAUGGUUUCUUUCCCACUACAGUUGAGAUUAAUUUGCUUAUCCACGCCCUUUGCAAGGAGAGAAUGGUUGGUGAUGCAAAAAAGUUCAUGGAGGAUUGUCAAAGCAAAGGAUGUACUAUCAAUGUGGUAAACUUCACUACUUUAAUUCAUGGAUUUUGCCACGAGGGUGAUUUAGAAGCAGCACUAUCUUUGCUGGAUGAUAUGUACCUCACUAAUAGACACCCUGAUGUUGUAACCUAUACAGUUCUUGUUAAUGCACUGGGAAGAAAAGGAAACUUUGAGAAAUCAAAUGAGCUUGUGAAGAAAAUGCUGCACAGGGGUUUGAUUCCUACUCCCGUUACUUACAGGACAGUCAUUCAUAGGUAUUGUGAAAAAGGCAGAGUGGAAGAUUUGGUCAUGUUGUUGGAGAAGAUGCUUGAGAAGCAAGAGUGUAAAUCUGCAUAUAAUCAAGUAAUUGAGAAGCUUUGUCUGUUUGGUAAAUUUGAUGAGGCUUACAAGGUCUUGUGGAAGGUUUUGAGGACAGCCUCAAAGACUGAUGCCAAUACAUGCCACAUUUUGAUGGAAAGUUAUUUGAAGAAAGGUCUUCCUUUGCAUUCAUAUAAAGUGGCCUGCAGAAUGUUCCACAGGAACAUGCUACCUGAUACAAAAUUGUGCCAGAAAGUUAGCAACAAACUAAUUGCAGCAGGGCAUCCUGAUGAGGCAAGGAGGCUACAAAUCAAGCUUGUUGAGAGAGGACAGAUUUUGCCUUCUUAAAAUGCCAGAUUUGACUACAUGCAUCAUCUCAAAUAAUGACGUGAUCAAGAGUAAGAGUUUGGUUUCUUGAAGUAAGAAGCUGAACACAUUAUAGGUGGCUGAAUUUUCGCAACAUUGCUCCCACUACAGUGGAAUACCAAUACCUAGAUCCACAAAUGAGUUGGUAUUGCAACAGCACUAAAACAUCAUGUUGAUUGAACCGCAUGGCAUUGAGGCAGCUCCAACAAUCUCAGUUGUUGGAUGUGACUAACCCUAGGUUGAACAGCUGAAACAAUGACACUGAUAGACAAAGCAACAUAUAAAGCUUUUAGACUCUGUGCCGAUCACUUAGAAUACUCAUGUCAGAUAUUUGUGGUUUUGGGGAAAGAGAUGCAAGGAGUUUGAGACAUUUUAUCCUCUGGAGAUACAGAGAAAGUGUUGGAUCUCCAAAUGAGAUCAUGUUAUUAUGGAAAUUAUGUCUAAUCUCUGACUAGCAUGAAGGAAGAAGGCAAAUCCAGCUAUAAAAAGGAGGAAAAAGUUAUAUUAAUCGACUAUAACAUGUGCUUUUCCAGAAAUCAAACAAACAACCAGUCCUAGUUCUCUUUGUUGUAUUUAAACUAUCUUUUCAUGACUAAAGAAGUUCAUUGCUUGUAAGAGCUGGCGAAAAUGCUCAGAAAAAAGACUAGAAAAAUAGUUCAUUGCUUGCAUUGUUCUUAUUCAUGUUUGAGCUAAAGGUCUUUACUGUAAAUCUUCAUUGUGUUACACGAGCUUGAUUUACUUUGUUCUCA